CUCUGCAGCGAUCUUUCUCACCCAGACUGGGAUUGCGACGAACCAUUCGUCUGUGAGUCUGACUGGCCUUCGGAGACGGGCAAUUACGGCGCAACAGACACGGCCGGAGCUUCCUCGAAAAUAGCAGCUUCAGACGGUAGCAAUGCAAUCUUGCGGUCGUUUUUAUUCAAUGAAGGGCCCACCAACUCCACCCUGUUCGAGUCCGAGACGCCGAACCUUGUCAAACGUCAAUACGAGGCGCUCUGCUGUCGUCCGAUUUGGGAGUGUUUCAACUUCUUCUACGACGAACUUUUGCUCGAGGGCAUCGACAAUCGAGGCCGUCUCAUCGACAAGGAUAUCUUACAGUGGCAAAAGGCCGAAUGUUGCAUGAUGGAAUUCGCGACUCCUAAGAGGUUGUGCCCCUCUCCUCCGCCACAGACUGCGUCGGUAGUAUGGUCGGAACCGCUCGAGUGCGCAAGAUGGCGUUGA